ACCUUUUAUUCAUUUCUCUACUUCUCUUUCAUCAUCACUUGCAUGCCCUCUGCAACUCUCCAAAACUACUCAUGAAAAGGCCUUCUUUUUGCCUUCUUUCACCUCCUCUCACUUCAUUUUCUUUUUCUCUAUGUUUGGUUUCAUGCCACAGAGCAAAGCAUUCACAAUCCCUCAUGUGUUCAACUUUUUGUUAAACCUUUGAAACCCAUUUUCACCAACUCUGGUUGUGUCUAAAAACCCUCACAAAAUUCAAUCUUUGUGAUCAAGCUUGAGCCUUUUGGUCAAAACUGAUAUGCCCAUUUCAGUUUCUUAAUGUUUCUCUUAGUUAACUCAGUCAAAGCCAUAUCUUGGUGUUUCUCCAGGCUUUCAAGCUUGGACUUGAGUUUUCUUGACUUGGUCUCUGAUCUGCUUUCAGAUCUUCAAACCCUUGAUUUCUCUGGGUUCUGGUCAGUUUUUGCUAAUUCUCAGUUGUUAUUUUACAGAAUUCUGUAAGUUUGACUUUGAGGCUUAUGAGUAAUAGGGUUACCUGUUAAUUACUUUUUUGUUCUUUGAUUAUAUGCCAAGUUUGUUUUUCAUUGUUGCUAGAGUGUGGAUUUUGGUUCUUGUUUUGGGGCAUGUUAAGCAAUGUUAGUUGGGUUUUGGACCGUUUUGGGUGUUUUAAGCUAUGUAAUUAGGGUUUAAAGUAUGUAUCUGGUGGUUGUGUGAAUCUGCUCUUGUUGAUUUGUGUCAAAAUGUCUGUAAAUGGUCAAUGUUUUGUGGAGUGGAAAGAGGAGUUUGUUUCACAGGAGCGUGGGAACCGUGUGGUUCACUACUUUUUGAAGGGUUCUAAUGGGGAAUCUGUGCUUGCUGUUGUGGGCACUGAAAGAAGUGUGAGGCAUAUGUUCUAUGUUGUGGCUGAGGAGUUUGUGAGAGUUCAUGGUGCUGAGAAUUCGAUACACUCCGGUUACAAAUGGAGGUCGCGAAGAGAAGUUGUGGAUUGGCUCACAUCUAUGCUAUCUAAGCAGCAUCUUCAGGGAGAUAAGUCUAAAUCACCAAAACAUGAAUCAGCACAAGCGUCAGGGUCUCCCGAACGUCCGAAGAAUGCAGUCAGUGCUCCAAAGAUCCGAAUACCUGAUGAGAUGCUGAUACCUCCUUGGCAGGGUCGUCUAAGGAAUAUGAAUGGACAAAAUUCAGAUAUUGUGUGGUCAGGCAAUGCAUGGACAUGUGGCAAACAGCUCAAACAUUACCGCGCUUUCUGCAGGAAUGGCACUACAAUAGCGAUUCAAUCCUUUGUCUUCGUCAUGGCUAAGGGAGAAAAUCACUAUGUUGCAUAUUUAGAAGAUAUGUAUGAAGACAAGAGGGGACAGAAAAAGGUCAAAGUGAGAUGGUUUCACCACAGUCAGGAAGUCAAAGGUGUUGUGUCUCUACGUAAUCCUCACCCAAAAGAAAUUUUCAUCACUGCCCAUGCACAGGUCAUUAGUGCAGAAUGUGUUGAUGGUCCUGCCACAGUCUUAACUCGUGACCAUUUUGAGAAAUGCUUGGCUGCAUUUCCAAAUGCUUUGUUAGCCAGAAUACAUUUUUGCACUAGGCAGUUUAGAAGCAAAAGAUUGAAGCCCUUUGAUAUGAGUAAAUUGCAUGGCUAUUGUAAUCAACCACUUAUCUCUCUCUUGAACUCAAGUCCCUUCCGGGUGACUGACAUGGAAGAAGAUGAACUGCCUCCUGGUGAGAAUGUAAAGCUGGGAACCAAGAGGACAAGACGUGGUAGGGGGAGUCAAAUGGUGGAUGAUUUGGGAGUUGGAUCUGGUAGGGGUUACAAUCUGAUGGGGUAUGAGCCUUCAUACAAGAACUUGAAAUAUGGUUUGUCGGGCAUAAGUUUGGUUUCCCUCAAGCAUAUUGAGUGUCAGCCUUGGUCUAGUCCAGUGUAUAAGGUUGACGAAAAGAUAGAGUUGCUGUGCCAAGACAGUGGCAUUCGAGGUUGCUGGUUCAGGUGUGUAGUCUUGCAGCUAUCCCGGAAACAAAUUAAAGUUCAAUAUGAUGAUCUGCUGGAUGAAGAUGGAUAUGGCAAUCUUGAGGAGUGGGUUCCAUUGUACAAAGUGGCUAUGCCUGAUAAACUUGGUAUGAGGUGCUCUGACCGCCCAACAAUCCGACCAGCCCCUCCUAAUGAUCAGGUGGACCUAUCGCUUGAUAUUGGAGCUGCUGUUGAUGCAUGGUGGAGUGAUGGCUGGUGGGAAGCGGUUGUAACUGGAUUUGACAGCAGUAGCAAUGACAAUUUGCAAGUUUAUCUUCCAGGGGAGAGCUUUUUCUUGAACGUGCACAAAAAGGAUAUCAGAAUUUCUAAAGAUUGGGUGGGGUAUCAGUGGGUUGAUAUUGAGGCAAAACCUGACAUACUUUCAGCGAUAUCUGCAGUUAUUAACCCAGAUAAUAAAAUUUCCUUGUCCUCAACUGUUGCCAAGGAUGUAAACCCUUAUGGUUUGGAUGUUUCAUAUACUGAUAUUCCUAGUAGUGCUAAACUCAAUAUUGUUGAAGAGGAGAAACCAAAAUUAGGCACUUUAGCCAGUUGUGAUAACCUUCGAGAAGACAUGGACCGAUUCAAUGAGGAGAAGCCUGCAUCAGAGGAACAAGUUGACGGGGAAUGCAGUGAUGAUGUAAAUGUGAAUUGUGAUGAAGUGCAUGGUGUCCAAUGCGACGAUGUAAAAGAUAGCGAUGAGACAGAUGAUGAUAGUGAAGACAAUGGAAGCAAGUCAGAUGCAGAGGAUUUCAAGAACUGUGACCAUAACCGUACAACUACGGAACUCGUGGAGGUGCCAGCAUGAAAUGCAGUACAGAAGUUAGUAAUGCCUUAAAUAAUGGUGAUUAAGGUGUAUUGUUGUCUAGUUUGAUGGGGUUUAUAGCUUGGUGGUCAGGAUGUUUAUAAAUAGUGGGCAUUGGCAAUGUGGAAAGUCAUUUUUUUUUUUGUUUGACUUAGUGGCCUUAGUAGAUGUACAGUAAUGAGAUUAGAAUUUUUUAGGAUCCUGUUUUAGCUGAUUGAUUUAGAAUUGGGUCUGGCAUUAGAUUCCUUCAGUAAGAAGCCCUCUGAUCGAGUCAAAAUCUGUGUCUUGUUGACUCACACCACUGCCUCUUGAAGGGUACCUUGUAACUUCAAAUAUGUAUUCUCAUAAUGGCAGAAUUACUCAUAACUAUCUCUGUAUUCUUGUGAGCAAGUAAAUUUUUAAUGCAGUCUUACUUCUUCAAA